UCAAAAUAAAUUCGAAUUCUUUGCAUAAUAAUUAAGCUUUACAUAAUAAUUAUUUUAAGAAAAUAUUUUAUAGAAGUGAAGUUAUAUGCAAGUUCAUUGGGCGUAUUGAAUGUGAUAUAGAUUCUUCUCAAUUUAAGGAAUUUUGAUAUACACACAUUUUAACAGGAAAAACCAGAACACAACAUAAGCUGCAAGAAAACAUGUGCUGUUGCGGUGCAAUUUUCCAACUUUUGAUUCUAGUUGUAAUUGUCAUUGUGAUCAUCGUUAUAAUUGUUUGGGUUACAAAGUUAAUGUAAUAAAAUAUUUGUCUUUAAGCUGUUCUAAUGAAGAAAAUAUUAACGAAUUUCCCCACCAAGACAUUGAUUUUGAAGCAAAACCCUCUCACAGAAUACUUGAUUAAAAUAUCUGUCAACUUGGACGAGAGAAACGUUUGCUGGUUGGAAUUGAUGCAAAUGUAUGAUAAGAUUGCCGAUUGCAUAUAUUUGUUUAACAAAAUCUAUGCAGGGCAGAUAUUGAUAAUGUUCGAUUCUUGGUUGUUGACUACCGUAUUAGUGAUAUGUAGAUAUCUAUCACCUACGCUUAAGUACCUGGAGGUAUUUGGUAGUGAUCUGUUUUACUACACAUUCCUUAACAUCAGACCUCUAUUCCUGACAAAAAUCAGCGAUGUAUUAAUCCAAGAACAGAAGAAUAUACUGUCAGGGCUUAUUCAUGUUUUGGUGCAUGAUGACGAUGAUAGCUACGUGGAUCAAGUGCAAACAAUGGUGGAACUAGUACAGAGCAGAAAGCUGGAACUAUCGGCUGUCGUGUGCGCUGUCAAUAUGCCAAUCAUGGUCGCUUUCGCCGGUCGAGUGAUUUCCUACAGCAUUCUCGUGAUACAAUACUUUUAUAUUAAUAAUAUUUAA